AUGUGGGAUUCAGGUCUGCUGCUCCUUUUCAUCACCCUCUGGGUUCAGUGUGAUGCCCAGAACUCUGAGCCCAUGUUCCAGGUCAUAACCCAGACAGUGCUUCCACCCGACAGUGUGCACAACCCCACACAGCUCAACUAUGGCAUGGCUGUGACUGAUGUGGAUGGGGAUGGUGACUUGGAGGUGGUGGUGGCAGGGUACAACGGGCCAAACUUGGUGUUGAAGUAUAACCAUACCCAAAACAAGCUGGUAAACAUCGCUACCGAUGACAUUAACUCGCCGUACUUUGCGCUGAGGGACCGACAGGGAAAUGCUAUUGGAGUUACAGCCUGUGAUGUGGAUGGAGAUGGACGGGAAGAGAUCUACUUCCUCAACACAAACAAUGCCUACUCUGGGCGGGCAACAUAUUCAGACAAGCUCUUCAAGUUUCGUAAUGGUCGCUAUGAGGAUUUGCUCAGUGAUGAAGUCAACACUCGCCGUGGUGUUGCCAAUCAAAUGGCUGGACGUUCUGUUGCAUGUGUUGACAGAAAGGGAACAGGUCACUACUCCGUCUAUGUAGCAAACUACGCCCAAGGUCAGGUUGGCCCCCACGCUCUUCUAGAAAUGGACGAAGCAGCCAGCGAUGUGACCAGAGGAGUGAUUUCCCUGACCAAUGUAGCUGCUGAGGCUGGAGUCAACAAGCUCACAGGUGGUCGCGGUGUAGUCGUUGGACCGAUCCUGAGCCAGAUGAGGUCUGACGUGUUCUGUGACAACGAGAACGGACCCAACUUCCUGUUUAAGAACAACGGAGACGGCACCUUUGUGAACAUGGCCAGACGGGCAGGUGUAGAGGACCGGUUCCAGCACGGCAGAGGAGUGGCCCUCGCUGACUUCAAUGGCGAUGGAAGGACAGACAUCAUCUAUGGCAACUGGAAUGGGCCACACCGACUUUAUUUACAGACCGGCGACGCCAAAUUUCAUAACAUAGCCAGUGGAGGAUUUUCCGACCCCUCGCCCGUCCGCACCGUCAUCGCUGCUGACUUUGAUAAUGACCAGGAGCUGGAGGUGUUUUUUAACAACAUCGCAUACAGAGGAAACGCCCCGAACAGGCUAUUCAGGGUGUCAAGAAGAGCUAAUGCUGACCCUUUAAUUGAAGAGCUUAAUGUAGGAGACGCUGUGGAGCCACAGGGGAGAGGAACAGGUGGAACUGUGACCGACCUGGACGGGGAUGGACAGCUGGACCUGCUGCUGGCGCAUGGGGAAAGCGCUCAGCAGCCAAUCUCAGUCUUCAAGGUUACACAGGGCUCGUCCAACAACUGGCUGCGAGUCGUUCCUCGUACCCAGUUUGGUGCAUUUGCCCGCGGUGCCAAAGUAACGGCGUUCACUGGUCGGAGUGGAGCUAUGACACGCAUCAUUGAUGGCGGCUCUGGGUAUCUGUGUGAGAUGGAGCCCGUCGCACACUUUGGUUUAGGAACGGAUGAGGUGAAAGUGUUGGAGUUCUCCUGGCCUGAUGGCACGACCACCAGUCGAGUUCUUGAAGCCGGAGAAAUGAACUCCGUGAUGGAAAUCGCCUUUCCCAAAGACGCAUCGGUGCUCAGCAACGACACGCAGUGUGGUAACGGCUUUAUUGUCAAGAAUGGCCGCUGUGCAGGUGUUUGA